GCGGCGGCGGGAGAGCCGGUGCCCGCCCAGCGGAGGCGCCCCAGCGGCGCGCCCACCCCCGAGGGUUCGCGGGGCAGGGCCGGGCCCCAUGGCGAGGAGGAGGAGCGGGAGCAGCCGCAGCCGGGAUUGGGGGCCGCCGGCGCCGCCCGCCCGGCCGAGGGGAGGAGGCGGCGGGAGGAGGAGCGGCGGUGCGGCCCGCAGCGAGCUGGCUGGGCUCGGCGCGGCUGCCCCUGAAGAUGGCGGCGGCGGAGGCGGCGGCUCCGGGCGGCGGGGGCUGCCCGCCGGCGGGCGGCGGCUCGGUGCCCGUCCUCUUCUGCUUCUCCGUCUUCGCACGGCCCUCCAGCGUGCCCCACGGCGCCGGCUACGAGCUGCUCAUCCAGAAGUUCCUCAGCCUCUACGGAGACCAGAUAGACAUGCACCGCAAGUUCGUGGUGCAGCUCUUCGCCGAGGAGUGGAGCCAAUACAUCGACCUGCCCAAGGGCUUCCUGGUCAGCGAGCGCUGCAAACUGCGCCUGGUGCCGCUGCAGAUACAGAUGACUACUUUGGGCAACCUGACACCCUCAAGCACUGUGUUUUUCUGUUGUGAUAUGCAAGAGCGAUUCCGGCCUGCCAUCAAGUACUUCGGGGAUAUCAUCAGUGUGGGCCAACGACUGCUCCAAGGUGCACGGCUCUUAGGAAUUCCAGUUAUUGUAACUGAACAGUAUCCCAAAGGUCUUGGCAACACUGUGCAAGAAAUUGAUUUAACAGGAGCUAAACUUGUGCUUCCCAAAACAAAAUUUUCAAUGGUGUUGCCAGAAGUCGAAGCAGCAUUAGCAGAAAUCCCUGGAGUCCGCAGUGUUGUCCUGUUUGGAGUAGAAACUCAUGUCUGCAUCCAGCAAACAGCAUUGGAAUUAAUUGGCAGAGGUCUGGAAGUUCAUAUUGUAGCUGAUGCCACCUCAUCAAGAAGUAUGAUGGACAGAAUGUUUGCUCUCGAGAUUUGGAGAAGACUUCUAAUUUCUUCUGUUUCUCAUGAAAAAGAGAAUUAAAGGCUAAAGGGAAAUCACCAGCAUAUAGCGUUUGAUGAAACCCAUGACUUUGAUUAAGUGAAAGCUUAAUGUCAUCUGUCACGUAAAGCACAGUGACGCACACAGAGUGCAGGAAUGACUGAAAUCAUGGGCUUCCCAAGUCAACGUGGUACAGCAACAGUAAUACACAAAACAAAUAUAGAAAAACUGAAAUCUCUUUGCCUUAUUGUGUACGUCUUUGUACAUUUGAUUGUCACUUAUUCUAUGUCUGCAUGCAUAGAAGUUGUUUCAGUGUAACGGGUUAAAGCAGCGAGUGCUUUUCUUCCUAGUCAAAAAAGUAUCGAUCAUCUUAAAAGCGUGGUUGUUUGCAAAAGCUGUAAUCCAGGCAAAUAGGUCAGUUUUAGGUAACUUUUUAGCAUGUCUUGGCAAUGUUUUCUCAUCAAGCACAAAGGAAAUCUUUUGCUGUGGUCCUUUUAAGUAUUCAUCAUUAAAAUAUGAUUCGGGGAACAUUUGCUGGCUUGCUGUGAUGACCCAGACAGUUAUAUGGCAGUAACUCCUCCUCCUCCUCUGUGGCUGCAUGUGGUGAGCUGAGGUUCAUUGAUCUGAGUUCCCUUGAUCCUUCUCCGUACCUUUCUGGGAAGAUGGGUGUAACAUUUACUUUUUCCUAGUGAUGCAGCCCUCUUCUGUUCACAGUGACCUUUCAAGGAUGAUACAGAGUGACCUUGCAGUGAUAACAACUACCUUCCUCAGCAAUCUCAAAUAAAUCCCAUCUGGUCCCACCCAUCCCUUCAGUUCUCCACAUAUCCACUCACAUAGCAUGUGUUUUGAUGGCACUGGUGACAAACAUGCAAAUAUCUGAACAGGUGUACUUAGGAAGUGCAGUUUGAAUCAAUUGACAGCCAAAGCUUUCACGUGUGCUUGCAUGACCCAAAAGAGUUAUUGUCUCCACUUCUGCUGUGUGCUUAAAAAUCACACCACGCAAAAGCUUGCAAACAAAAAAACCCCAAAAAACAACCCACCCCAGAAACCAAAAAAAACCCUUAAAAUUUCCACUGAUUAAAUAAUUCAACGCAACUGGCCAAGGCUGUGGCUGUUCUUUAUCUCUGCCCUAUCUGAUGAAGAUGCCUUGUGUCACUGCUUGGUCGUGGAUUGAGCCAGCUUAGUCUGUUCCUGCUGUUUUUCUUUUCUGUUCUACUUGUACCUGUAGUGUGGAUGUAACACACGCUUGCUGCUUUCCUUUGUCUGAAAGACUUAUGUUCUAAGAAAACUUUCACUUUCCUUGGAAAAGCAUCCAGCACAUGCUUCAUUCCUACUAAUCUCAAUGCUAUAUAAAUUAUACUCUAAUUCUAGGACUAAGUAUAAGCCAAUGCCAGCCUCUUUGACGUGUUAUGGUAUGUUUUGCUUCUAAAGAGAAGGUGUUGUCUUUUUUCAAUCAAUAUUUCUCAGAAGGCAAGGUUCUUUUAACAGUCUGUUUUUUCUCUCAUCCGUACUAGUUACAAGCAAAAAAAAAUUGUAUUCCUGGAGAAGUACAUAUUGAAAGCAUUGCCAUAAUAUUUCAUUUUGAUUUUCCCGUUUUUUUUUCUUUUGUAUGUGGUUUAAACAAAUAUGUUGUUGUACAGAGCAGGAGAGCUGGGGAAGCUAUCUGCUUUGUUUCAAUUUAAGAAUAUCGCAAGGUUUGCUGCCAUUAUUGCAAGCAGGAAGCAUCAACUUGCAUAAAUCUAGCCUAGUUAGUUUAUCAUUGUAUAGACUGUAGUUACAUAUACUUUACUGUUCCCUUAAGAUUAAUAACUUUCCCUCAGCAAUUGCUUUGUAAUUGAACAACUAAAGAGCAGUGAUCUAUGUCUGCCCUAAAAAGUUUCAACCUUCUCUUUGCUUUAGUAAUUACAACUGAAACCUGUCUGGAGGCAUAUGCAUCUGUAUUUUCUGCCUCUUGCCCUCCCUUGGCUCAUUCAGGACCCCAUUAGAUUUGGUGGCACAUGCAGCUGAGUAGAGGAUGACAGAGGGAAAGCUGGAUCCAUGAAGAGUUUUGCUGCCAAAGCAUCUGUACAGUUGUUGGGAGUGGGGGCAGGAAGUGGUCAGCCUUUUAAGUAAAGGUAACUUUGCUACGUAGGCAGCAACCACAGUCUUAAAAGUCCAAAAACUUUGCAGUAAGUCCUGUGGCUUGGGCUACAUGAAGCAUUGCUGUGUUUAGUUGUGCACUUACAAGAUCUAGCAGGCCUCUUUCAGUUUUGCAUUCUAUGCAGCAAAGUUUUUCAUUCUCUAGCCUCUGAGAACUAACUCUGGAGUUACUGAGGCUGUAAUGAGCUGUUGGUUAAAAGGAGCUGCUGUUGUGCUGGUAUGAUUUAUCAGGUCUGUAGAAGAGCUUUUUGUUCUGUCUCCUGCGAUUAUUAGUACUAGCACGCUGUGUAGUCCAAAGACCUAAGUACUUGUACGUAACAAACCCUGAAAGAGAAAUUGUGACAAUUAAAUUUCUUGCUUAACGCCUUUAGCUUGGAUGGACCUCGCUAUUUUCUUUUUUCCCGGGCCUUUCAAAUCUGCAUGAGAGGGAAGAAAAGCUAUCCUUGGGACCAUGCAAGGGAAAAGUGUUGCUAGUAGAAGAGGGCAUGUCUUCUACAUAUUAAGUCUGCUUAUUAAAUCUGAAAAUCCCCCUAAAAUGAGGAAAGAAUCAAGUCAAAGUAGGAACCCUUAUUUAUAAUCCAGGGCAGCCUUUUUCCUUAGUGAACUCUAAAAACAGUCACUUUCCAUCCUAGCUUUAUAAAUGGCACUGCUAAAAAAUGCUGGAAUGGAAUUGGCAAUACUUAUAUUAAUAGGAAAUGUUUUUAAAAAUACCAUCCGUCUUUUGUAAAAAAUGUGUACUCAUUCACAUUUGUGUGUAUCUUACAUUAUUGUCUGUCUGCUCUUUUCU